AUGGUUGUUAAGCAUGUCUUAUUCUUCUGUAUUUGGGUUUGCAGUAUCGUCCUGGUCGGUAUAGGAGCUUCUGUGACGGCCAAGCAGAAUGCAUACCAGGACCUGUUCUCGGAAAACACGAUUCUAGCUCUCUCAUGGACCGCCAUUGGUAUUGGUAUCUUCAUCUUCGUCGUCGGAUUCUGUGGGUAUUGCUGGGCCCUGACCGACAGCUCGUGUCUUGGUGCACUGAGUGAGGACAAUAUGACGAAGGGCAUGCAAAGAGCUAUAAAUGAGACCUAUGAUUUCCAAGAAGGUGCAACCGAAGCCGUAGAUGACGUGCAGCGAACGUUCGAGUGCUGCGGUGCAUCUGGGUACAAGGACUACAAGACCUCUAAACAUCUUCAGCAGGGGUAUGCUGUACCCGAAUCAUGCUGUAGAUAUUUUGAAGAAUGUACUGGUGGAUCCAAGGGGAAUCCCGACUACCCAAAUCGAGUCUGGACAGAUGGUUGUGUGCAUGCAACAAAAUAUACGAUCAAGAAUCACUACAAUGCCAUUGGAGGCGCUGCAUUCGGUAUUCUCUGUGUUAAGGGAAUAGGAGUCAACUAA